AUGCCUUUUCAAGGGCACCUUUACAAGCUGAAGCGGCACUUCACUGCCGCUGACAUUUGCCCUUUGUGUUUAUGCAAAAAGGAUGAUGCAGGUGAGGUCUCGCAGAACCCAAGCUGGCUUCCUACAAUGGGUGUGUCUGUACCGUGGGAUACAAGCUCGCCGCCCGAAAUAUCAAUCGUCCCUGGGUUGGGCAGGCCUGAAGCUAUCCGCCCAGACAUCUUCCAUUUGGGUCACCUUGGAAUUUGUCGUGAUGUUUAUCUGGGAUGUAUCAUUUCUUUGGCCAUGGUGUUUGGGCACUUCGGUGGCAAAGCUGUUCGAAGUCUGGAUGGGAAACUAGCGAAUGCAUACCAGCUUUUCAAAAGCUACUGCCACCUACGUCACAGCACACCUUUUGCAAAGCACUGGACUCGUGAAAACUUCAAUUUCAAAGGUCCUCGAUAUCCCGAUUGCAGCUUCAAGGCCUCGGACUCGUAUUUGAUCCUGAAAUGGUUGGAAGAUUAUCUUUCGGGACCUCCGUGGGACGACAGCACAGGCAUCCUGGGAUUGAUGCUUUCAACCAUCGUGGCACUGAGCAGCUUUUAUCAUUUGUGCUACACGUCUCCGAGUCGACAAUGGCUUCGUGACAGCUUGGCCAAGCAAGUGGAACAAUCGUUGCAAACUUUCUUAUCUGAUUACUACAAGCUGGCACUAUGGGCUUACAGAUCAGGAGUACUGGUUUACAGAUUCGUUCCGAAGCUUCACGCUUGGAAACACAUUCAUCUGCGGCUGCAGGGUGAGCUAGCCUUGGCCCGGGGAUACACUUUUAACCCUGCUAUUUACGCCACGGCGAACGACGAAGACUUUGUGGGCAAGGCAAGCAGACCGAUUCGAGAUCUACAUAGCGGAAAUGCAAGCCUCAGAAGGCUCGAGCUUUAUCGAAUCGAGUUGCAGCGAGAGUGGGGCUA